UAUUUUUUUUCUUUCAUCUUCCUUUUCCUUAUUUUGUACAAAUAAAGGCAGUGGCCAAGGGUCCCAGUGUUAGUGACAGUAGGCAGUCAUGGCCAUCUCUCUUUUAGCUCUCCGAGCACCUCCAAUGGUGGCCUCCUUUAACCUCUGCACCAGGACCCCUAUCCUCACCAACUCCUCUCCAAACCCAUCUCCCAUUUCUCCGAUUUUUGGUUCUUCUUUCUUGGGCUCAUCCUCUCUCUCUUUUCCAUCUUCAUUCAAAGGCUUAACUCUGAAGGUGGACUUGCGUGUCAACAAAGUGGUGAGAGAGAGGAGUCGUGUUGUUCAGGUUAGGGCUGGCAAGGCAAGGUUGUGCAUGACAAAAAGGAGUAGGUCACGGAAAUCGCUGGCUCGAACUCAUGGGUUUCGUAGAAGAAUGAGAACGACUGGUGGGAGGGCAGUUUUGAACCGAAGGCGAGCCAAGGGUCGAAAAGUGUUGUGCACAAAAACCAAUUCAAACACUGGUAAACGAGCCUGAAUCUUCUUUAACUAUAAGCUUUUGAUGCACAAAUGGGCGAGUAAUAUGAACUCUUUAGCAUUGAGAUUUCCCUGGUGAAAGAAUUUCUUUUUCACCAUUUGUUUCUUACCCCGAUGAUUUAGAUGGGGCUUGUGUAUUGAUCUUGAACAUCGUAAUGAAGAUUGUUCCUCUCCAAGUCUUAAUUUGUGACCAUGCUCAUUCUAUGUUC